UGUCUAGGUAUUAAAGGCCAAUCUCAAUUUUUAAGUGAAAUAAUGGUAUAUUAUUAACCGAAGUCUUCAACAACAUAGAUGAAGCGACUUACGCAAGCAGACGUAUUGUUGUGGGCAUGUUUAUUUCUGAGCAAAUGAAACUGAAAGCAUAAAGGGAAUCUUAUUUAUUAACAUGGCUUCGAAUUGGGAUGAGUGUACGGGUGAGAGCAGACAUCAGAAGUCAGACUCUGAGGAGAGCAGCACGAGUUUCAGUGGAGCAGACUCAGAUUCUGGCUCCAGCUCUGGAAAUGAAGCCAGACAUACCACUGCCAAGGUUUGUAAGAAUUACAAUAGUGGCCGCUGCCAUUAUGGAGACAAAUGUUGGGACCAGCACAUUUGCAUACACCACUUGAAAGGCUUUUGUCGCUAUGGUACUGGGUGUCGCCUCAACCAUAAACAGAUUUCAUCUUCAUCACCUAGACAAAGUGAACGUCCAGGGAGGAAAAGUCAUGGAAGACAGCGGAGAAGGAGCCGAAGUCCCUCACCUGUUGAAAGUGAUGGAGACAGUGACAGGCCCUACAGAUGGCAGCUGGACAUGGGAAAAGGCUGGGAGGACAUUGCCAAUAAUUAUGUUAUAGAAGCCCAAUAUUCAUGCCCCAACACCAAAGGAAUCAAAAUCUAUAACACUUGUGCUGGGGCUAUUUCAAUUGAUUUCACUAAGAUGAGAGUUCUAAAGAAAUCUAAUAUCAAAGUCCGCCGUAAAGGUUCACGACAGACAGAGUGGCUCUGGUGGUACCGAGGUGACCAAAGCUGGAGUUGUUAUGGAGAGAAGGGUUCUAAGGGCAAAGCCAGUCCACUUCAGAGCUCAAAACUAGAGCGAGAGUACCAAAACAACCGUAAAGGUUCGGUUCAGUUCAACAUUGACUCCACCACCUAUGAAGUUAACUUCAGAGGAAUGUUUCAGAAAAAUGUAUCAACAGGCCACAUCAGACGGGUUCGACGACGCCCUAAAUAUGAUCCUCAAAGUGGAGUUGGAUUAUCCUCAAAGUUCAAGAACUUGAUGGCUCCUCCAAAUAAAGCUCACAUGUGGCAGUUUGAAGGGAGAAGUGGUGGAAACUGGCACACCUUCAAAAACUCGGGUGGAUGUUCAGUUUCUAGUGCUGACAUUGAGAGGUGCUACCAACGGCAACAAAAAAGCAUGACCUUCACUGUGAAUGGUGACACUUACGUACUGGAUUUUUCAAGGAUGAAUCAAGUCAACCAGAGGACAAAUGCCAAACGCAAGAUCCGACGUGUGUAACGAUCUGCAAGUCUUGCAGGAGAUUUUGGCUGAUGCUCAAGAUCCAAACAGCAAAUACUUGGCCAAUAUGUGGUGGAAGGAAUUAUAUGUUAUUUACUUAGUGAUUUUAAUGUUUCAACUCUGUUUUUAUUUCCAUAACCGUCUUGUUUUGAAAGCUGCCUGUGGAAUCAUUAUUCAAUUAUAUUAAACACUAUCAAAAACAAUAUACUAUAUAUAGGGGAGUCCAGGGCUAGUUGUCAAGGUUUUUACUCCAGUGAAUAUUUCUCAGGGUAGGUUUGUUUUUGAAAGUCAGUUUCUGCAUAGACACAUCUUUUAGUCUUGGUUACAAAAAAAGCUAUUGAACAUUUGACCUCUGUGACAACAUGCCCCAGUAGCAGGGCAUGAUAGUUUGGUUUUAUUAUGUUCACUAGUUACCCAAAAGUUAUAGCAUAUGAUAAUGGAAUUUUAAAUUUAAGAGUGUUUUGAACUGUUUGAAACCAACAUACACACACUGCUAGGGGGGAAAAACACACAUUUGUGUAAUUGUGACACCUUCUUGUGUGUUUUUCUUAAAUUAAAAUGCUGUUUACUACAUCAAAUUGAACAUUAACAUGCAAUGUGCCUGAAGUAAUCUUGCCCUGAUUUUGCUUUCUGUUUAGCUUCUGUGUAAUGAAGGCUAAUAUUCUUUGUGAUCCUGGAGUGUGUGUGUGUGUGUGUGUGUGUGUGGCAGGUUUAAGUGGUUUACGAGGACUUUUUUUAGGUUACAUACUGGUAAUUACAAGGGUAUUAUGCUAUAAAUGUGGGGUAUGAGGACAUUUCUAGUGUCCCCAUAAUCCAAUUUGCUUAAAAAACAUACUAAAUUAUGUUUUAUUUGAAAAUGUAAAAAUGCAGAAAGUUUUUUGUGAGGGAUAGGUUUAGGGGUAGGGUUAGGGUUACGGGAUAGAAUCUAUAGUUUGUAUAGUAUAAAAAUAAUUAUGUCUAUGGAGAGUCCUCAUAAUGAUAGCUGCACCAACAUGUGUGUGUAUGUGUUUACUUAUGAAUCUGCCAAGAUAAUUUUGCAAUGCAGAUUAAACUGCCUGUUGUGUUAAUUUGCAAUCAUAUUAUCUAAAUAUCAUAUGAACCAGUGUUUACACCCUGCUGAUUGUGUAUGAAUGUUUCCAGUUAGUUUUAUUUUCUAUACAUAGUUUUUUAGUUUCAACCUGUUCACAAACUUGCUGUCAGGAUCAAUUAAAACAUCCAAUCAGAGAUAGCCUGCACACCAUGAUACUGUGUGAAUAUUGAGCAAUACAUAAUGUAAUAUAAAAUGCCAUGUGGUAUACUGGACAAUUUGAUUUUACUUUAGACACUUGUGCAAUGAAUUAAUGUUACAUGAAAUGACAGAGUUAUAGUGAGACAAUCGCUUAAAACUGAACUGUUUUAAUGGUAUAAACGCACUAUGCAAGAAUUUUAUGGUUCAUUGGUGCCUUGCUUUAUACAUGUUACUUGAUAUAAAAAUAAAUAAAAUCAUAAAUGAAAGAUAAAUUCUUGUUU